GGUGAGAAAAAAAUAACGCAAACCAACAGCGACCAUGUGGUACUGAUCUGCUGCGUCAUUGUGACAGGAGCAGUUUGAUUGGCCAUCCACUUGUUUGCCGUUUCAAACUUUUGUUUUAACCGGAACUUGCAGAGCAACAAGUAGUUCAUGGAAAAAACGCCUCAAACCUGAACGUCAGGAGUGACCAUAAAUAUACACACAAUCACCACUCUGUUCCACUGCACAGCAGCAGCAGGCUGAAGUCUUUAGGUUAGUGCGGUUGAUACAACUGUCGUAAAACAUGAAAGGAACGGCUAAACGCAAGGUGGUGACAUCAGGGAGGCUGACAGGAGGAGUCAGAGUGCAGCCAGCUAGGAGAAGAGUCACUCCAAACCCCGUGCCAGCUGCCUGCCCUGAGCCAGCCUACUCUCUGUACUCCACAGACUCUGAAGACCAGGUCACCAAUCUCCAUAAGGGUCUAGACCGCUGUGCUGCCUUGCUCAGUGGCAUCCUGCAGGCUGAGAAUACAGAGCCCAAACCAAGCCCUCUCAGGGCAGUGAAGGGUGGUGCAGCCAAAUCAAGAUCAUCCACCUCACUGGGGAAGAAGACCAGCAAGAAACCACCUACAAAGACAGAUCAGAAGAGCUCACAGUCGGUUCAUCGUGGACCAGGUAGCACAACUCCGAGAUCUCCACAUCUGUUCUCUAGUCCAGCUGCACACUCAGGAGUGACGCUCCAUCCACCUAAGAAACACACACACACCCUGCUGCAGUCUCCUGUAUCUCCAUCACAGAACCAAGCACGUCAGCUCCCCUACCUCACUCCCUCACAGCCCCAGCCCUCUAUCUGUCCCCCUCAGCCCCAGCCCUCCAUCCUCCUCUCUGUGUCCCAGUCUAACUCUCUGCUCCAGCCCCCCUCUCACCCCGACCAGCCGCCUCUCUCUCACACUGACUGUCAGUCUGCUCCACACACACUCUGUAAAGCAGACAGAAGCUGCUCCUCCUGUGAUAGAGAGCAGGAGGAGUCUGUGCCUGUGAGAGACACCAACACCCAAAGCUCUGGCACAGAUCCACACACGGGUGUCAGAGAUCCACACACACACAUCCACACCUGCACCAUGAAGAUGUCAAAGCUGCAGCUGGAGGCUGGACAGGCUGACACAAUCCCUCAGGACACACACAGCGGGGAGGACAGCAGUGCAGAGACAGAAGUGAAGCAGAGGACAGUUCAGUAUCUGCUGGGAGAACUCAAGGCUCUGAUCGCUGGACAAGGCAGUGUAGCAGAGAGGUUGCUCAGCCAUCUGGAGCAGACUGUGUCCUCACCACUGAUGAACGUCAGUAGUUCAAACAGUCCAGCUGAGAGUGCAGCAGACCUCCAGUCACUACACAUCCAGAACAGUCAGCUCCGCAGGCGUGUGAGGAUUCUGAACCAGCAAUUAAAGGAGAGAGAGAAGGCCGAGAGGCAACAGAACAUGGAAACACUCUGUGACUCACAAGUGUCGACUCUGCAGGAGGAGCUCACCUCCGCUCAGUCCAGACUGCAGGAGCUCCAGGAUGACCUCGCAGAACUACGGAAAGCCCUGCAGGACACACAGAGCCAGCUGAGAGACAGAGAGGCAGAGAAUGCACUCAUGAAGACAGACUUGGAGGCCACUAGAUGCAGGUUGCUGCACAGUGAGAGAGAGAAAAGUGAGCUGGCCUCACUUGUCCAACAAAGACUAGAAGAGAUUGAAAACCUCAACAGGAUUCUUCAGCGCCGUCACGAUAGCUCAGCGUCAGACGCUUCACCAACAAAGCAACAUUGUAACCAACACCAGCACAGACAGGAUCCACCGGAGCUCCCCACAGACCGCAUCACCCAGUACCUGAUGUCUCUGGAUCAGCUGGAGCCCACACACGUUGCUGACCGCAACGCGUGCGUGGCCGCAGAGAGAGAAGGAAACGCAGCAGAUGAAAAGAAACUGAGAGAAACAUCAACACAUCCUGAUGUGAGGUCACACCGCCUCGGUUCAGAUGAAGUCCAGUCAUAUGGGCGGCAGAUGGGGACGGAGCGCAGGCGGUUGUUUGACUCGACGCUCUCCCAGAGUGACGUGGAAUCUGUCACGUCCGAGUGGAGCAUGAGGUCAAGUUCGACCUUUGACACCAGAGACGAGGCAGCGUUCAGAGACGGCCUGGCAGCUCUGGAUGCCAGUAUAGCCAGUCUGCAGAAGACUAUCAAACUGGAUUUGGGGAGAUGAUAUGCACGCGCUUCACAGCUUCACUUGAAAUGAACUACUCUUGCUGUUGUGUUUGUAAUGUGAUACUGUAUGAUGUAAUGUGAUAUUUUAAGAUUGGAAAUAAAGGAUUGUUUUGAUUUA